AUGCUCACGACUGGCACUCCGCUCCGUAAUUGGGCUCUCUUCCUGCUGCUAUGCAGCGCACCCGCGUCCACCCUCGCUGAGGCAGCGAAUGAGGCGCCUACCGUCGAAUCGAGCGCUACUGCACACUCAGGUGCCACGACGCAGCAUACCUCUACCCCCGCGCCUUCGCCCACGUCCUCGUCGUCGCUGUCACCGUCUUCAGUCCGGAGAUACACCUCGAGUCACAGCACGUGUCCGUACCGCACUAUAAACUACAUCACGCAUACGCUCCCGCAGCAAUGCGCAAAGACGAGCUGGUCAGCGCCCGCCGAGGCAGCUGCGACCAAUGGCACGGGCGCUGAGGAAGGAGCUCUAGCUGGUCUACAGACUCCAAUACCUGGUUUAGAAGGAGGAAUAGAGGGCAUUUCAGGAGACAAAGGCGCAACCCCAGUAGCCACCAAGGCCGAUGAGACUGGCGCAACCUCAACUGCAUCCAGCAGCGACACAGCAAGCGCAGAGCCGGAGCUUGACUUGGAGGCAGACUCGCCAUUUGACAACGCCAACUUCCUCUCUUUUGACGAGUGGAAGAAGAGGAACCUGGCCAAGGUCGGGCAGUCACCAGAAAAUGUCGGACAAGGACGGGCAGCAGGCACAGACCAAGCCGCACGGCGACGACCCGUGAACGUCAACGCCCUAGACUCGCUCGGCGACGAGGGCGAGAUAUCUAUCGACUUCAGUGGCUUUGGGUCACCGGACGACGAGAACAUAGCGAACAACUUCCAGCACGGCAAACAGAGCGCUGAUACCUCAAAAGCUGCUGGUGGAGAGGGCAAAGUCGCACCAAACUCAUUCGCCCUCAGCAAAGAUGCGGGCAAGACGUGCAAGGAGCGCUUCAACUACGCCUCAUUCGACUGUGCAGCUACGGUGUUGAAAACCAACAAGCAGGCGAAGAGCUCGUCUUCCAUCCUGGUGGAGAACAAGGACAGCUACAUGCUGAACAUCUGUUCCGCAGACAACAAGUUCCUCAUAGUAGAGCUCUGCGACGAUAUCCUCGUGGAUACCAUUGUUCUCGCUAACUACGAGUUCUUCUCCUCCAUGUUCCGCCAUUUCAGGGUGAGCGUGUCAGAUCGCUAUCCUGUGAAGAUGGAGAAGUGGCGCACGCUGGGCACGUUCGAGGCACGGAAUUCCAGGGACAUUCAACCCUUUCUCAUUACCGAGCCGCAGAUCUGGGCACGAUACUUGCGCGUGGAGUUCCUGACUCAGUUUGGAAAUGAAUACUAUUGCCCGCUUAGCGUUUUGCGAGUUCAUGGUACGACAAUGAUGGAGCAGUUCAGGCAAGAAGAAGAGGAGGCGAGAGGGAUAGAAGAUGACGAGAAUCUGGAGGCGGAGGGUGUUGAGGUUAAGAAGGCGGCUGAGGAUAGUGGGCCCUUGCCGCCAGAGGAGAUACCGAUCGAAGCGGUGAAGGAUCUCAGCACCAAUUCGGAGGCCUCAACGGCGAGCGACGUUGCUCAGCGAGAUGUCUCUCCGGACGUCAAGUCUGACUCGCCUCCUAAUGAUGUGCCAUACGGAAGUCCUCCGUCGCCUACAGCCAUAGUGGAGCCAGUUGAUAACCCCCAGCAUCAGUCUGCGUCGGACUUGACGUCUAUCUCAUCGCCUUCAGCGACAGGCAAUUACGAAGUCACCACCGACAACAGUACAGCUAGUGGGGAGACAAAGUCACUGGAAGUCCCUUCGCCAAGCCCAACAUCUUCCACCCCGCAGACUCAGAGCCCUACUUCUGAAGCUUCCACGAUCAACUCUUCAAGUUCUUCGUCUCGAGCUGACAGCGCUGCAACGCAGACCGCGAAUACAGUAGGCUCUUCUUCGAGCAGUCCAGUAGCAAAGUCAUCGAACAACGGCACUGUCGCAAGUCCGCCAUCGCAAGGACGAGGGUCAUCUACACAGCCAAAUGCGCCAGCACCCUCAACGCAAGAAUCGUUCUUCAAGUCGAUACACAAGCGUCUCCAGUACCUCGAAGCUAACAGCACGCUUUCACUACAAUACAUCGAAGAGCAAUCCCGGGCGCUUCGAGAUGCGUUUGUGAAAGUGGAAAAAAGACAACUGGCAAAGACGGAGAAGUUUCUGGAUCAUCUUAAUAGUACGGUCAUGCUAGAACUCAAGAGCUUCCGCAACAUGUACGACCAGCUGUGGCAGAGCACAGUCAUCGAGAUAGAAAGUAUGAAAGAGCGCCAGCAGUCAGAAAUCGGCGAGAUAGGCACUCGUCUGAGUCUAAUGGCGGACGAACUUGUCUGGCAGAAGAGAAUGGCUGUCGUGCAAUCUACCCUCCUACUUCUCUGCCUGGGUCUGGUCCUCUUCGUCAGAUCAGGUACCCUAGGAUCCACUGCCGAUGUACCAAUCGUACAGCAGCUAGGCAACAGGUACACCAGUUUCUUCGAGUCCUCGCCUCCGCGCAGCCCACCAGAGACAUCAGGCAUGGCGAGACAACGCCGUACCUUCCGCAACAUGUGGAAGAGCGAUGCGUCUGCCCACCUCAGCGACCACCACCACAAUGACAGUGACGGCGGCGGUCAACACAAUCUUUCCGACGCCGAUACUGAUGGUCUGAGAAGCCCGGUGCAGAUCGAAUACAGUCCGCCUACGCCUACAACACCUACCAUCCAUUCUGCCAUACACAGAAACGGCGACCAUCGGGACGAAGACAUAUCAAGUUCACCUAUCCGCGUAAACGGUGUCCAUAAUGACCAAGAAGACAACACAAAACACGAAGAUAGAAAAGAAAACAUCCCUCCAACACCUACGUCUGCAGUAUCGACAGCAGAAGACCAAGCCGCUAGAAUUCAAGUCCUAGAAACACAAUCCGGACCUGCGACACCCAAUGGAACGAGGGAUAGUAGACCGAGUUGGGAAGAGGUGGACCGCGCUAUGGAUUUGCUGAAGGCGGAGGAAGCGGGGCAGCAGGAGAAUGGGCAGGGACGAGGGAAGGUGGAGGAGACGGUGUCGCGAGGUUCGCUGGAUUCGCCACGGUCGCCGGGUUCGCCGGGGAGCAUAGGAAGUCCGGGGAAGAAGAGGAAGAAGAAGGGUGGCGGUGGUGGGAAUGGACAUGGGGUGGGACUGGGGAAUGGAGGGGAAGAAGAAGAGGAGCCCGCUGAGACGGAGUCAUAG